GCCGCAAACCGUUUCAUGGCAUCAGCGGCGGCAGCCACUGGCUGUGGUCGACGCGCAGAUCUGAGAUCUUUGUAGACGCCCGGAGGUGAGUGGCGUCGCCCAACGCGGACGCACGCCACCGGGGCCAAUUCCUCCUCCUAGCCUACACUCAAUUACAUCGCUCAUCUCUAAGUGACAUUCAACUCAAGCAUCUCCGUCGGAAACUGCCCUCGCAGCAGUCUCUAACAAGGCGAGAGCACCGAGCGGGCUCUUCGACGGGGCGGGAACCCAGGUUUCAUCUUCCCACGUUGCCAUCACUGAUCAGUGUGGCUGCUUGCAUUGUCCUCCCGAUUUGGCAGGCCCUGCUGAACUUGUACGACCACGUCCACGGCAGGCACCGCGGUAGCCACGCUCUUCUCUGAUCACGCGCAGGCGUGUAUAUAAACAUGGACGCGCCCCAGGUGCAAUGUUGUCGUCCGCUCCCAUUCGCAGGCAUCUGGCCACCGCUCUCUCUGUGCACAGAGCGACCGGAUCAUCCUCUAGCUUUCUUCAUCGUCAACGUUCAAUCAGCGGAGGCCUCACAAGAAUCUGCGCCGCCCGGCCCCCGGGAGCCUCGUACUCCUCCCAAGAAAGAGAAAGGGAAACGGCCCAAAGUUGUCCAAUCUACACCCCACCAGAUCAAGACCGUCGAUAGCGUUCAGGAUGCCAGCGGCUACAUCUCGAAAGACAGGCACGAGAAGUUCAUUCGCCGCGAGUACACCGACAAGAUCCAUUGGGACUUUGACGUCGAAACGCUCAUACUUGCUGUUUUCCGCUUCGGCUGGCAGCACAUACCCCCGACUCCGUACCGCAGUGCUGGCGCGAGCGCGAAGGACGCAGAGCACUAUUCGCUCUUGGGAGGCGAUAUCAGGGCGUACCGUAAAAGCGAAGAGAGACCCAGCUAUAAACCAUUGAAUCUCAUAUCAAAUGGGUUAUUGACGCAGCUCUACGGCCCGGACGAUGAAGGACGUCGCUCCACUCGUCAAGCGGAUAAUGAUAUCGACCGCCAUGGGCAACGGCUCGACGAUAUCAAAGCGCACUGGGCCCUCUCUGGUCGUGACUCCAGGCCGCGCACGUAUGCGGGUCGUCUCAUCACCCACGACUGCGAAGCUGUCAACUCUUACAAGUCAAAAGACAAGCCGGACGGUACCUACGGCAUUGCGCGAGGCAAGCCCGUGUGGGAGUGGGAGGUGGUCCCCAUAGAGGUCGGGAAGGACAAGGAAGAUAUCAAGAAGACGUUGCGAGAUAUAUUUGUCCGCUGCGAGAAUGGUAUAUUCACCAUAACGCAGGCGACUCGUCGCAGCUCCCAAGCCGAGCGCGAAGCAGCUGGAAAUGGUCCUGCUGACAAGACCGGGUCGGACCGUGAAGGCCAGUCCGUAGUGGAGACUGGGAACGAGGCGCCUGAGGACGAGGUGGCGUCGGAAGCUGAGGUCGAGGCCCUCCUCGAAGACGAGACCCAGAAUGUACAUACGUCGACCGGACACGUACCGCAGAAGACCAGCGUUGCCGUUUCCGUGAGCAAGCGGAAGCGCGCGGCCGAGGAGGAGAUUCCGACACUCGGUUCCAAGCGUGCGCGUACCACAUCCGAACCAUCUGGCGGACACCGCCGCAUGUCCUCCAAGGAGGUCCAAAUCGUGCGAUACGUGAACCAUAUCAUGUCGUCCAAUGUGCGCUCGUAUGCUGUCGGACUCCUCAUCGAGGGGAACAAGAUGCGACUCGUCUAUGGUGACCGCAUGGGUCUUGUGUUCACAAAAGCAUUCGAGUUCCUGGACAAGGAAGCCCCUCUGUUUCUCCUGGUUCUUGCCGCCAUGGGAGGUGCAGGCGUACACGACUUGGGGGUCCAUCCGUCCCUCAUCUUCAACCAGACCAUCGAUCAACGAGAUAUCUUCCACUUUGCAAGUGGCUAUACUUUGUCCGACGCGCUUGUUCGACUAGAGGUUCAAGAUGCACAGGGCGCCUCACACCAGCUCGAGUUCGAUAUCGACAGCGAUGAACCGGACGAGAUCCGCCCAGUCGACACCGCGUUCGGUCUCAUCGGUCGAGGGACGACCAUCAUCGCUGUCAAGGCCAGGCGUGGCCCUGCGCUGGAGAUGUGCGGGUCGGAACCGCUCGUUGCGAAGGUGGCGUGGCCACACAAGGCGCGUCAGGCCGAAGACAGGAUGAUACGUACUGUACGUCAGCAGUUGGCCGCGAAGAAAUCAAAAUACCUGGAGCAUGUCGUGGACUUGAAGUGCGCCGUCACGAAGAGCAUCGAGGAGAUGGGGCUGCCCCGUGUCGCGAUGGGGAUCAUCCCCGAGGAGCAAGACCGGCGCGUCUGCCGCACUCUAAUCCUCAAGCGCUACCAACGUUUGGAGGCCAUUGGGUCUGCGGAGGGUUUCCACAUCGUGUUUGUGGAUGUCGUUCGUGCUCAUUACUGGGUGUACGAGACGUCGAAGAUACUUCACCGCGAUAUCAGCAUCAACAACGUCAUGUGGUUUAUCAAGGACGGGCAAGUCAUCGGCGUACUUUGCGACUGGGAUCUCGCGGAAGAUCAUAGCAACGGCGAUGUUCGGUCUGCUCGACCUGCAAAAGCGAUGAGCGCUUCGUGGUUACCAUGGAGGAGCACGGAUGCGACGACGCCCAAUUCGUCGAACGAACCGCAGAGUCAAAGCAACGCGGAGCAAGUUACGGGGUCGACGACUGUGCCACCGGAGGGCGACCAUAUGAAAAAACCGAGGUACCGCACCGGUACUGGCCCGUUCAUGGCGCUGGACCUUCUGCGCGAAGGGAAUCCUCCAUUGCACAAGUAUCGCCACGACCUUGAAUCGUUCUUCUAUCUCUACGCCUACGCCGCAGCUGCGUACGACCCGACGAACAAAGCAUUCGAGCAUAUCGAGCAAUGGCAACACGUUUCGCUCAUUGACAUCGGGCACAGCAAGUACAGGUUCCUCACAGAUCUCCGGGAAUUCAACAACGUCUUCGGGAAGGCACACGAGGCGUUCAAGCCCUUGCUCGAACCAGGCAGCUUCUUGAAGCAGCUUCGCUUGGAGUUCGCGGACAUCGAGUACGAGAUGGACACGAUCAAGCGCUUGGUGAACCGAGAAGCUUCAACUGAUUUGACCGAACAGAUUGAGAAGGUACAGCAGAAGAGGGACAAGAUGAUGACGUACAAGAAGUUCAUGGAGAUAUUGGGAGCACCGGAGGACGUCUAAGUAGUAUGCUCGCUGGUCAUGUAAUCUCAGUUUGUAGUAUUCAGCAUACAGGUGGAGGCAGAAUCAGCAGUGGACUGUUCGUAAUCCCUCAUGUCACGAAUAUCGUAUUAUCAAGUACUUUGAUUCAGACAGAUGUCUGCCAACCCGGACACUGCUUUGCAUACUGGUCGCCGUCCUUUCGCUGCGGGUACUGCCAUGCUACUAUUACAUACAGCGGCUUGUCAUUUGACGACGGACAGCAGGGGCAGAGAUGAACGGGCCAGGAGUCAGCUUUCCGGACAUGCGGAGACCGAUGGGGGCGUCGCAGAUGUUGGGGAACAGCCUAGAAACGGGGACACGCGCGAGGAUGCAGGUAGUGAGGAAGUUGGCCAUAUCGAAUCGUGGCUAACAUGUUCCAUGACCGCACG